CGGAAAGUGAGGCAGGGAGAACCUGAGCGGGCUGCACAGAAGUGUAUAAAACCAAGUUUAUAUAGGUAGAUUGACAGAGUGGUGUCGCAUUUCGUCGGCCGAGGUUGUAAAAUUGUCUGCCGCUAGUGUAUGAAGGGAUUUCAGCGCACAUGGACAAGUCCUGCAGCACCUCCCCUGAUGACCCUGGCAAUGAGCCCUGCUGGCAGUUCACGCGGUGCGAGUCACCGCCUCUGCUCUGCAGCGAGCUGCUCUUCAAAUUCCUCAUCGUUGGUGAAUUUGGUGUUGGAAAAACGGCCAUCGUGAAAAGAUACACCGAGGGCAGAUUUUCUCCGACGUACAAAAUCACAAUCGGCGCAGACUUUUCUUUGAAGCAGCUCAGGUGGAACAGAACAACCAAAAUUAACUUACAGCUUUGGGAUAUUGCUGGGCACGAGAGGUACGGCUACAUGACCAGAGUUUAUUACAAAUACGCGGUGGCAGCCGCCGUCGUGUUUGACGUCUCGCGGAUGGAGACGUUUCAAUUGGCGCACAAGUGGAUCCAGGACAUCAGGGAAAAAGUGAGCCUGCCGGACGGAUCGCCGAUUCCGAUCGUGCUGAUGGCGAACAAGAGUGAUCUCACCGAUGGCAUAAUCCAGACUGACGUCAUUAGCAGGUAUUGCAGGGAGUACGCGAUUGGCGCGUGGUUCAUCACUUCAGCCAAGGAAAAUGUAAACAUAGACGAGGCGAUGGCGUAUCUGGUGGAACAGGUGCUGGAGAUGAAGGCGGUCGAGGCGACCAAGGACUCGAUCGUGCUGCAAGAACCCAACGCCUUGGACGCCAGCAGCACCUCGUCGCCGCUCAACAGAUUCAUCCUCAACGAGAAGCCGUGCGGCUGCGGAUAACUCGCAAUCCAAUCAUCCCCUGCCCGCCCGCCCGCCCACCCACCAACCCACUCUGUUCAAAACAGUCCGAUAUGCAUGUAUAUUUAUAUAAUAAAAAGCCCUAGAGCGCA